UGUCCAAAGUAGUAACGGAACACACGUUAUGCUCAUGAGCGUUUUCUCCGGACAGUGCCGUCUUUAGAAAUACGAAGAUAUAUCCGCGGUGGUUAUUUUACGGGUUUCCUGCCUCCCCAGGCCCACAGUGCAUCUUCUGGUGCUGACGAGGCGGAGUUCUGAUCAGGCGGACGCCGCGGACAGCCCGACGUUCGCCGGGCUUCGGCGGGCGAGGGAAGACCCGAGAGUCGCAGGCUGCGCAAGAUGGCGACUGCGGCCGCAUCCUCUGCGUCCGAGCCGGAGGUAGAGCCCCAGGCCGGGCCUGAGGCCGAGGGAGAGGAGGAUGAGGCGAAGGCGGCCAGCGUGGACAGGAAGGUGCUGUCCCGCGCCGUGGCCGCCGACGCGGCCAAGGGGCCAGGGUGGGACCUGCAGCGGGAAGGCGUGAGCGAGAGCGACGGAGAUGAGGAGGACGCCAUGGCUUCCUCCGCCGAGAGCUCCCCCGGGGAGGACGAGUGGGAGGACGACGAGGAGGAGGAGAAAAACCAGCUGGAGAUCGAGCGGCUGGAGGAGCAGCUGUCCAUCAACGGCUAUGACUACAACUGCCAUGUGGAGCUCAUCAGGCUGCUGCGGCUGGAAGGGGAGCUCAACAAAGUGAGGAUGGCCCGCCAGAAGAUGAGCGAGCUCUUCCCCUUGACUGAAGAGCUCUGGCUGGAGUGGCUGCAUGAUGAGAUCAGCAUGGCCAUGGAUGGCCUGGAUCGAGAACACGUGUAUGAGCUCUUCGAGAGAGCCGUGAAGGACUACAUCUGUCCGAACAUUUGGCUAGAGUAUGGCCAGUACUCUGUUGGUGGCAUUGGUCAGAAAGGUGGCCUGGAGAAGGUCCGCUCUGUGUUUGAAAGAGCGCUGUCAUCUGUUGGCUUACACGUGACGAAAGGCCUGGCCAUCUGGGAGGCUUACCGAGAGUUUGAAAGUGCCAUCGUGGAAGCUGCUCGGCCCAUAGCUGCCUUCCUUUCCCCUUCUGACCGGGAACAAACCUUUGAUUCACAGCUGGAGAAAGUUCACAGCCUCUUCCGUCGACAGCUGGCGAUCCCAUUGUACGAUAUGGAGGCCACCUUGGCAGAGUAUGAAGAAUGGUCAGAAGAUCCCAUCCCAGAGUCGGUACUUCAGAGCUAUCAGAAAGCCCUGGAGCAGCUGGAGAAAUACAAGCCCUACGAGGAGGCCCUGUUGCAAGCAGAGGCCCCAAGGCUGGCGGAAUACCAAGCGUACAUCGAUUUUGAGAUGAAAAUUGGGGAUCCUGCUCGUAUUCAGUUGAUCUUCGAGCGCGCCCUGGUGGAGAACUGCCUGGUCCCAGACUUAUGGAUCCGCUACAGUCGGUACCUAGAUCGACAGCUGAAAGUAAAGGAUUUGGUUUUAUCUGUACACAGCCGUGCUGUGAGGAACUGCCCAUGGACAGUUGCCCUGUGGAGUCGCUAUCUCUUGGCCAUGGAGAGACACGGAGUGGACCAUCAAAUGAUUUCUGCAACCUUUGAGAAUGCUCUGAGUGCUGGCUUCAUCCAGGCCACUGACUAUGUGGAGAUUUGGCAGGUGUACCUAGACUACCUGAGGAGAAGGGUUGACUUUAAACAAGACUCUAGCAAGGAGCUGGAAGAGUUGCGCUCCAUGUUCACACGUGCUCUGGAGUAUCUGCAGCAGGAGGUGGAGGAGCGUUUCAACGAGAGUGGAGAUCCAAGCUGUGUGAUCAUGCAGAGCUGGGCUCGGGUUGAGGCUCGCCUGUGCAAUAAUAUGCAGAAAGCUCGAGAACUCUGGGAUAGCAUUAUGACCAGAGGAAAUGCCAAGUAUGCCAACAUGUGGCUGGAGUAUUACAACUUGGAAAGGGCACACGGUGACACGCAGCACUGUCGGAAAGCUCUGCACCGAGCUGUCCAGUGCACGAGUGACUACCCUGAGCACGUCUGCGAAGUGUUGCUCACCAUGGAGAGGACAGAAGGAACCUUAGAAGAUUGGGAUGUGGCCAUUCAGAAAACUGAAACUCGCUUGGCUCGAGUGAAUGAGCAGAGGAUGAAGGCUGCAGAGAAGGAAGCGGCUCUUGUGCAGCAGGAAGAAGAAAGGGCUGAACAGCGGAAGAAGGUGCGGGCCGAGAAGAAAGCCUUGAAAAAGAAGAAAAAGACCCACGGUGCAGAGAAACGCAAGGUGGAUGAGGAGGACGAGGAGGAGGAAGAGCAGCCUUCCAAACGCAGAAGGGUGGAGAACAGUCUGGCCUCCGGAGUGGCCUCGACCAUGCAGGAAGACACAGAACUCUCUGGGAAAUGUGUAACGAUAGAUGUUGCUUCUCCUUCCAAGCAGAAGGAGAAGGCAGCCUCCCUCAAGCUGGACAUGCCCAAAGUGGCGCACGAUAGCAGUAAAGACAGGGUCACUGUCUUUGUCAGCAACUUGCCCUACAGCAUGGAUGAGCCAGAGGUGAAGCUCAGGCCACUCUUUGAGGCCUGUGGGGAGGUGGUCCAGAUCAGGCCGGUCUUCAGCAACCGUGGGGACUUCCGAGGCUACUGCUAUGUGGAGUUUAAAGAGGAGAAGUCAGCGCAGCAGGCCUUGGAGCUGGACAGGAAGAAUGUGGAAGGAAGGCCGAUGUUUGUUUCCCCUUGUGUGGACAAGAGCAAAAACCCCGAUUUUAAGGUGUUCAGAUACAGCACCACCCUGGAGAAACACAAGCUCUUCAUCUCGGGCCUGCCCUUCUCCUGCACCAAAGAGGAGCUCGAGGACAUCUGUAAGGCUCAUGGCACCGUAAAGGACCUCAGACUGGUUACCAACAGGGCUGGCAAGCCGAAGGGCCUGGCCUAUGUGGAAUAUGAAAGCGAAUCCCAGGCAUCACAGGCAGUGAUGAAGAUGGACGGCAUGACCAUCAAAGAGAAUGUCAUUAAAGUGGCAAUCAGCAACCCCCCUCAGCGGAAAGUUCCAGAGAAGCUGGAAGUGAGGACAGCACCAGGGGCCCCUAUGCUACCUCGGCAGAUGUAUGGCGCGCGCGGGAAGGGAAGGACCCAGCUCUCUCUCCUUCCUCGGGCUCUGCAGCGCCACAGUGCUGCUCCUCAGGCCGAGAAUGGCCCUGCCGUGGGACCAGCUGUCACCACCUCCAUGGCCACUGAGGCUCCUAAGAUGUCCAAUGCUGAUUUUGCGAAGUUGCUUCUGAGAAAGUGAAGAGGGCUCCGAGAGAUAGGAAAUGCCUUACUCCUUCAUGCUGGCCGGUCAGGCCACUGCAGGCCCUGGAGACAAGGGCUGGAUACUCAACCCAUCUCCCACAAAUUGUCCUCUGAUGUAGACAGGAAGGAAAUGCCUACAUUGAGCAUGGCGGCGAGGAGUGUUCCCUCAUAUUGAGGGUGGAGGCCGACUGCUCUCAGGCCGUCCCCAGGUACUUCAGUGUCCUAACAAGGAGGAACUCAACUUUUGGGGCCCACUCGUCCUGAUACUUUAACCACCUCUGGCCCUUUUUCUACAAACCUGCCCACCCCCACCCUCCCCAGCCCUGCACAGCACGAGUGCCCAUGGCUCUUUAAACCUAGAAGAUAAAAUGGAAGAUGCUUGUCACUCAUCAGAAUGGCCUAUUUAGUAAGUGCAGGUGGGGAUAUCACAGAGAACACAUUGGAUGGGCUUUUGUCCAAAGAGGCUGAGUUUUUCUAUUGUGUAUUUGUAAUUGACACUUCAACUGUUUUAUGUUCCCUAAAGUGAAUGUCUGUGACAUUUGUUUAUAUAGGAAUGUGUGUGCCACCCGCUGUGGACCAUUUUCUUUGCCCGCUGACUGGAGACCUAUGUCCUCUGUCCAAACACUUGUGUCUAAAGGCUUUGUCGAGCGCAAUGAAUUCCCCACUUAGCUUUGUUUAUUAAAGUGACGUUCUCUUACCGAA